ACGCCUAGCAAAAAUAAAAGAGGGCCAUAUGGGAUCUUCAAAACCAGUUCCUGUCUGAGAGAAUAGAAGGACAUUUCAAAUACUUACUCAAGUGGAAAAGAAACAUAACUCAAGGCUACGAUAAAAUAGAUAGUGCCUGAUUCUUAAAGAAAAGCCUUUAUUUCCAUAAUAAUAACCCGGAUCUGCAUAAAUUUUCAUACAGCGGCUCAUUUUGCGUUUGGUUGCUAUACCAUUGAAGAGGAUGUUUUGUGCAAGAAUAAUAUCCUGUUUUCUGCCUGUACUGCUCUGCAUAGCUGAAGCCCAUUCCACAAAUUCUCUAUAUUUGGAAUUAAAGAUCCUGAGAGGAACUUGUUAUCCUCAUGAUACUUGUUCUGAGUUUCGUACGGAGGAGGAGGACAAUCUGUGGGGAACAAAUACCUGUGAGUGUGGCCAACAUUGUGUUCGCUAUGGAACAUGUUGCAUCGAUUCCCCAUAUUUAUUCCAAAAACAAACUAUUUCUUUCAAUAUUCGUGAGCGCUGCCAGAGAAUUAGCACUUCCAGAUUCUCAGUGUUGUUGGUAGCAAAUUGCUCCAACAGAUGGCGCCACAGGGAUGUAAUACACCAUAAAUGUGAAAAUUUGGAAACUGUUUACAGGGAUCCACUAUCCAUUGUUCCUGUGACAAGUACUUCAACCGGCACUGUGUACAAAAAUUAUUUUUGCGCUCUGUGCAAUUAUGACAGUGAAAACAUAAUAAUAUGGAACAUAGUUCUUCACAAAGAUGGUAGAAUAAACUGGAUUGAAGAUUGUCAACAAAAUGUAAACAUUUCGAAUUUCGAUGCAAACGAAUUCUUAAAUAACCUCAUAUUCGACGCUACUGAAAACUCCUGGGGUAUUUUGGAGAUAAAUCCAUGCACAAAAGACAAAACUUUCCAAAAAAUUGAAUUAAAAUUUCAUAUUCCCUCAGUUUUACAAAAUAUUGUCAAAAAGUGUUACCCCGACUUGAUAUCGCAAUGUAAUUCUCUGCAGAAAAAUCACAUGUACGCGCAAAAGUGCCAUUUGUAUUACUCACCAAUUACAUUAAGAGUUAAUGGACGGCUUAGAAAAUAUCGGAACAUUCACUGUGCGUUGUGCAAUAAUGUAAGCGUAGACCAAGAUAUGGAUGUUUGCAUUAGAGAAUCUGAUAACCGCAGGCUAGGGUCAAGGAGAUCUUUUAUUUUUUUGCUAGAUAUUAAUGAAAAAGAACCUAAAGAAAAUGGGUCAAGUCGAAAAUGUCAAGAAGGACAGUUAUAUGACACUUUUUUUAAGAAGUGCAGGUCUUUGAAAUGUAUUCUUCCAGGCUAUAUAAUUAAGAACGGCUCUUGUGUUCAUCCGUAAGCUAGGUCUUCUGUUAAUUAUUAUUUUUUAACUAUUAUUUUGAAACAAUUAUUAUUUACUGCUUCUUGAAACAAACUUACUGUCGAAAAUAUGUGGGCCUGUAUGAGUCAUGUAUUUUGGGUCAAGCUGAAAUUUCAUGUUCAUAAAUUAUGAUGAACCAACAAUUAAAAAAAAAUAUUAAGUCAACGGUUUAAGUGAAAAUUAUCCGAGAAUGAAUGAAAAGGAUCUCAUAAGAUCUAUGUGAAAUAUGUUUUACGUUAAAUAGGUUGUAAGGGCAUUUAUUAAAUUUAAUCAUUCAUAGAAAAUUAUUAGCAAAAUUAAUGAGUGUCAGUAAGUGCAUCAGUAACGACAAGCAAAUACACAUUAAUUUCAAUUCUAGACCUUGGCAAGAAUGUCCGGUAAAACGCUUGCAAAUCCUUGUUUGAAUCAGUUCGGUCACUGAAAACCACGUUUUAAACAAACCCCUAGACGAAAAAAUGUAAUGAAAUAAAACUAGGACUUCUUGUGGACCAUGGGAUAAAUUCAUUUCUGCCCAAUCACCAUCCUAGAAGUCAAUAGCUGAACUCGUCUCGUAAAUGAUUCUCAAAGACAGCUCAUCUUUUUGAAAGAAGAUCUGCAACUGAAUGUCUUCUUCAUUCACUAGCUUUAAAGGAAUAAAAUGUUUCGUAUGUAGAGAUACUCAAUAAAACUGAUAUUAGUUUCAACAAAGAAAGCCAUAAAACGAAUACACAUAUUCUUUUCGAAUAAUCUAAUGAAUUUAAUACAUAUUAUUUACAUACAUCCGGAAAUACGCCAUUCAUCUUGGAGACCUGAUAUUGUAUAAUUUUUAUUAUGAUAUUGUUAAUUUAGAGAUUGUAUAAUUUUUGGUAUUUAAAUAUGUUUUAAACAGUAAAAUGUUUUAUUAAAUUUUACAAAAUAUGAGAAAAGUAAACUAUUCUUGGAGAUUUGAUAAAUAAGCACCAUAGAAUAAAAACGCCUUGAAGGUGGUAUAAA